ACCAUCUCUUUUGCCCUUAAUCUUCAUCUUCUUCUCAUUACUUCUCCAGAUCGUGAAGCUCUUCGAUUCGAGCUCUCUCAUUUUCAUUUCUUCUCCUUGAUACCAUUUCUAGCUUCCUUUUCUCGUUUUUACUUUGUUUAAUUAUUGAAGAGGAUGGAGGGAAGAGCGGAGAAUCCUCUGCUUCUUAAGUCUGUGAAUCAUAUCUCACUUGUGUGUAGAUCAGUUGAGAAAUCUCUUGAUUUCUAUCAGAAUGUUCUUGGGUUCUUUUCCAUCAGGAGGCCUGGCUCCUUUGAUUUUGAGGGUGCAUGGUUAUACAAUUAUGGCAUGGGCAUACAUCUCCUGCAAUCUGAAGACCCUGACAACAUGCCCAAGAUCAGCCUGCAGAUUAAUCCCAAGGACAACCACAUUUCAUUUCAAUGUGAAAGCAUGGCAACAGUGGAGAAAAAGCUUAAGGAGAUGAAGAUAGAGUACGUGCAAAGUAGGGUGGAGGAGGGUGGAAUCUGCGUUGAUCAACUCUUCUUCCACGAUCCUGAUGGCUCCAUGAUCGAGAUCUGCAACUGCGACAACCUCCCUGUGAUACCGCUAGGCGGUGGCGGUGGAGACACCACGUUAUGCUCGCGUAUCAACUGCAAUGUCCAGCAACAGCAACAGCUGCAACAGGCUGCAGGGCAGAUUAAGCAGCAGCAGGUUACAUGUCUGCCUUCCAUUCCCAUCAAUGAAGAGUAUCUCCCUUGGGCUUGAUAUGGAUGGAAGGUGGGGGCCUCAGAAGUGUCCAAUAGCUUAGGUGUGCGUACAUGUGAUCUUUUUUCUUGCAAGUUCAUGAGGCUUGUGAAUGUGGGGAUGAGAAAAUAUGUGAGGGUCACAUAGAGACAAUUUCUUUAGUUUGUGUGUCCGGGCAUGUAUAUGGGGUAGGCUCUCAUAAAUUUGCUGGACACUCCUGGGAGUCUCCUACCUUUGGACUUGCAGACAAUUACAUGGAUAAUUUUCAUUUUGUAUCUAGUCAUUGGUAUAUUUCUUCAAUUUAUGGCAUGGGCUCACAUUAUUUGCCUGAAUU